AUGGACCCUCACUCUCGCUUCUUGCAGUUCAACAGCAGACAACCAAAAUCCGGACCCAUUGCUUCGAGCUCACGCUACAUGGAUCCGGUGAAACCUGCUAAUCCUCUAGAUAAUUUCAAGAGAAGGCCCACUCCGUCCAGGAAGUCUUCCACGGCCUCCAUAUCUGCGUUGUACACUUCCAGACCAAUUGCUACGAAUUCCAGGGUGAAACAAGAUGAGCAAUACAGAAAUGAUAUGUAUCUGGCAUUUGUGAACAAUGCACUACAGCAGAAAACAAAUGGCGUGAGUGACGCUUUUGACGAGCUAGUUGACCAGUUCAAUCCGAGGAAGUCGAUAAGUUCUCUGGCGUCACCUACCCCGCAACUUCGUUUCUGGAUCCUGGCUCUUUCUCAUGUCGUUUCGCGCCUCGACCGACCUCAUUUUGCUUUGGUCGAGGCCAUUCUGAGUACCCCUUGGACGACCAUGGACACCAGUUUUGUCAAGUCCUACACAGCAUUCAUCGGCAUGCUUGUCAGCGCAAAACCUGAAUACUUAUCGCUCGUGCUUGGGAAAAUCGCACAGGGACUGACCUACCAAUCAGGUUUUCAAGCCCUGAACGCGGGACCGGCGGAAGGCUCCUCGAGCCCCAUCACCCGUCGUAUUGUUUACGAUCGUGUACAUUUCCUAUUGCAACAUCUAAUUUCCCUUGUCCCCACAAUACCCUCCGCAUUCCAACCCUUUCUUGUCCGGAACUUCCCGCACAAACGACAGAAUCUGGCAACGCAGGUUACAUACAUACGGAAUCUCUUGAGGAUAACUGAGUACUGCUCUGAACUUUCGGAUCGCAUAUUGGCAACUAUUGUAGAUCGUACCAUCCAGAUUGAUGUUGAGAUCCAGGUGGAACUUGAAGAGUUGGAGGAACAGCUAGCCAAUGAAGGUCCGAACGAGGUAUUUGAGUUGGAUCCAUUCGAUACACUGGUCGGCCAAGAGGGAGAGGACACCGAUUCGGAGGACGAUGACGACGAAGAUGGUUUCAGUGAUCUCUCCUCUGACGCCGGCGGAGAUAUCGAUGAUGAUGACACGCCAGACGUCCCGUCUGAUUUCAAGCAAGUCCAGAGUAUGGUGGACAAACUAGACGCGAUUCUGAAGACGAUAUUCGACCACUUCAAUCGUACACAUUCGUCCGAUCCUGCAACCUCGGUUGGGUUAUCGACUCCCUUGUCUCGCUCCGAUUCCCCGCUGUUACCAGUGGAGCCUCUCCCUCCUCCAUCUCCUUCGCCUGUCGAACGAGGCAAAUUGGUCCGACGCCAGCAAUUCCAUACUCUAAUGUCCAUUUUUGACAGGACCAUCCUUCGCACAUUCAAGUCUCGUUACACCCAGUUUCUGAUUUUCUGGUACUCGUCGCUAGAUCCAGAGUUCAGUGAUUUAUUCCAAGGGACGUUAGUAUCAAAAGCACUGCUAGAGGAGGACCAGCCCGCAGUAACCCGUGCUGCCGCCGCCAGCUACAUCGCUAGUUUCGUGAGCCGAGCUCAAUUUGUUGAUCGGCAGAGCACGCGGGGUGUGGUUGCACUGUUGUGCAAUUUUCUGCGGAGUCGCCUGGACCUGUUCGAUGCGAUGAUGCAGACGGGUGCUGUGUUACCCAGCCUAGCUCACCAUAGCGUGUUCUACGCAGUGACUCAGGCGGUGUUCUUGAUCUUCUGUUUCCGAUGGAGGGAUUUACUUGAGGAUGAAGAGGAUGUGGACGAAUAUGCCUCCAUCGGCGUUCCAAAGAAGAAGUGGAUGGUGGAACUCGACAUACUGCAGCGCGUUAUCACGUCCGAGCUGAAUCCUUUGAAGGUCUGUUCGUCUAACGUCGUCAUGCAAUUUGCGAGGGUUGCACAGGCGACGGACUUCAUAUACUGCUAUUCCAUCCUAGAAGCCAACAAGCGGUCUGACUAUGCCCCAGCUUCUCCUGCCCCGACCACCGCUGGCCCGCAGCUGAAUGCCCGCGGUCCCACGAUACAUCUGUCCAUGUUUGGCCAAUCCCUGACUUCGGAGCUUAACACGUUCUUCCCCUUUGACCCUUACAAGCUGCCCCGAUCAGGGUCAUACAUCCAGGGGGUCUAUCGCGAAUGGUCGUCCGUUGCGAUUGACGAUGACGAUGAGGAAGAGGAGGAAGAUGAGGUUGAAGAGGUGGGCGAAGACGAGGACGACGAUGCGGAGCAGGAUGCAGGGCCGAAGGGCAUCGUUAUUGCUGGGGUGCGCAGGGUGGCUAAAGAUAAGGAGGCGAAUGAUUUGGGCGCGUCCUUUGGCGGCAUGAGCAUCAGUCCGAUGUAUCCUAGCCCGUUGAAGGCGACUGCUUCAUAG